GCUUUUUCUUUCUCUUUCCUUCCUGUCAGGAAUGUAGGCUGGUGCUGGGGUGAGCACAGCAGGGUCUCUCUCUCUCUGGCUUAGUGGUUAGAGACUGGUCUGGGCGCUACUCUGGGGAGGAUCUACCACAGCUGGAAGUGAAACUGUCUGCCUGAUGGCAGAGGCUGGAGGUAGUCUGGAUGGAUGUCUGUGUCUGAUGAAAGCCAAGCUCAACUUGACUGAGGUGUGGAGGGGUUAGGAGCAGCUGUUUAAGCACACCAGGUCACAGGACGUUCACCACUACCGGGCCCCGGUAGUCGAGAUGAGGGCCGUGCGAUGCUGAGAUCCUCCCCAAGUCUGACGCCAUCAUGCUGAAGACGGAGGCCUCGGGGGAGAGGAGCACCCUGCGGAGUGCCUCCCCCCAUCGCAACGCCUACCGGGCUGAGUUCCAGGCCCUGAAGAAGGCGUUCGACCAGCCCCGGGCGGAGGCCCCGCCCAAACCCAGGGGCCCGGAAGGGGCCCGGCAGCCCCGGGGUCGCCAGUAUGGGGCCCACGUCAGUCGUAUCAAGGACAUGUUCAUGCAGAUGACCUCGGAGGGGGUCCCCGCGGCCCCCAAGACCCCCAAGGGCCCGGAAGAAGCCACGCCCCAGAAGAUGACGAAGCCGACCAACUUCAUCAACAAAUCUGAUGGCUCCGUCAUCAAGCUGCAGCACAGCGUGUCCGCGGAGCGAAUUGCCGGCGGCGCCGGCGGCUCCAAGUUCUCCGAGACCCGGAAGCUAUUUGAGCAGCAGUCCCGUGACGCAUCCCAGUCGCCCGUCUACUCGUACGGCCGCGACAAGAGGGGCUCCCACGAGCACCUGGACGAGUGGCGGGGCCCGCGCUCCAACCGGGGCAGCACGGACUCUCUGGACUCCCUCUGUUCCAGGACCGAGGCCUCGUCUCCCACCGUCAGCCAGCUGAGCGCCGUGUUCGAGAACGUCGACCACCUCAGCCAGGGGGCGCGGGUCAGGAGGGGCUACGGCGGCCGCGGGCUCUACUCCCCCGACGGCUCGCACCGCCACGGUGACCUCAGCGAGGACGACUCGCGACAGUCCCCGGUACGAGGACUCAGGAGCCGCGUGGGAGGCGGGAAGUUCCCCAGGUCCUCGUCGGAGGAGGACCUCCUGAGCCCCAGCCCUCUGGUGGAGCUGAAGCCUGACCCCCUGCGAGAGCAACCCCAGGAGAGAGGCACGAUGGCUGGGGAGGGCAAGCAGGGCGAGAGGGGGGGUCUGGAUGGCAGGAUCACCGCCAACGGGACUCAGAUCAACGGAUCCUGCGAAGAGGAGAAACCGACUGAAUCCUUGAAACCCACCGUGGAGGACAAAGUUGUUCCCCUGGCCUCGCGACCCUCGAAAGACACCGCCGAUGGGGGUGAGACUCCCAGUAAGGUCCCAGACACCCCAGGCAGGGCAGACAGGGAACCCCAGACGGAGGCUGAGGUUCCUGGGGAGAAGCAGACCCCGUCACCCCCAGAGGACCAGGCUGAGGAAGGCCAGGAGGAGUACAGAGGGAACGAGAGGGUGAUCUUCAACGCGGACGGAGACGCCUGUUACCAGGGCUGGGGGGAGAGCUGCACUGACCCAGAGGAUGACCUCUACGGGGACGAGGACGAGGAUGUCGUCUACGACCCCGGCGCCGACCUCACGGAGAUUCCCGGGCUGCCUGAGGAGGACCACAAGGAAAUCCCCCCCAGCAGGAAGAUCCGCUUCAGCACUGACCCCAUGAUGGUGUUCAACACCUACUGCAACGAGGACUACGACCGCAGGAACGAGGAGGUGGACCCUGUGGCGUCCUCGGCAGAGUACGAGCUGGAGAAGAGGGUGGAGAAGCUGGAGCUGUUCCCCGUGGAGCUGGAGAAAGAUGAGGACGGCCUGGGGAUCAGCAUCAUAGGGAUGGGCGUGGGCGCUGACGCAGGGCUGGAGAAACUCGGCAUCUUCGUCAAGACGGUCAUAGAGGGAGGAGCAGCCGAGAGAGACGACAGGAUCAAGGUGAACGACCAGAUCGUGGAGGUGGACGGGACCAGCCUCGUGGGGGUCACUCAGAGCUUCGCUGCCUCUGUGUUGAGGAACACUCAGGGUGUGGUCAGGUUUGUGAUUGGGCGUGAGCGUCCGGGGCAGGUGAGCGAGGUGGCGUCGCUCAUCCAGCAGACUCUGGAGCAGGAGAAGAGGCAGAGGGAGGCGCUGGAACAGCAGUACGCCCAGUACGACGCUGACGACGAUGAGACAGGGGAGUACGCCACUGAUGAGGAGGAGGAGGAUGUGGGGCCUGCCACCACGGGGGGCGGGGGAGAGAAGAGCAUCGAGGUCUUCGAUUUGCCGGAGUCCGAUGACAUCAUAUCCCCUUCCGAGCUGGAUGCCACCAAACUGUACCAGAAGUUCCGAGAGCUCCAGUUAAAACACACUGUUACGGAGGCUGAGAUUCAGAAGCUCAAGAACAAGCUGCAGGCCGUGGAGAGGGAGAAGCACCGCUGGGAGAGGGAGAAGAGCCAGCUGAAGGCCUCCAUCGAGGAGAACAAGGACAGGAUGCUGAAGCUGGAGGGUUACUGGAUCGAGGCCCAGACGCUGUGUCACACGGUGAACGAGCACCUGAAGGAGGCCCAGGCGCAGUACCAGACCCUGGACAAGAAGUACAACAAGGCCAAGAAGCUCAUCAAGGACUUCCAGCAGAAAGAGGUGGAGUUUGUCCAGAAGGAGGAUGCAGAGAGGAAGAGGCUGGAGGAUGCAGAGAAGGCUCACUUGGCUGAGAUCCAGGGACUGCAAGUCAGGAUCGCUGCCCUGGAGUCUGAACUGCUGCAGCUGAUUAAACAAAAUGGCCUCCAGGUGAACAACAACAACAACAGCUUCCAGCAGAGUCCUGGGAGGGCGGGGCUAGGGCCAGCAACUGAGGUUAGAGACAGUGGAGAGGUGACCAGCAGACCCUCCAGAGACAGUAUCAGUUCCACCGAGACAGAGGUAUCAGAGUGCCACAGCAGUCCAGUCUCCAGUCUGCGGGGGUCUCUCAGGGGCGGGGCCCCUAGUGAGGGGGUAGGAGAGGGCUCCCCCAGACACGCCCCCCUACAGCAGGGAGCUGCCCACCUCCAGGGCUGUCCGUCUCCAGCAGUGUCCAGCCCCUCCCUCAGCCUGGAAGAAAACACCGUCCAGAGAGGCCUGGGGCCUGGGUCCUUAUCAAGGAGGAGUAUAUCAAAGGACCAAGACCCCAGAGCUUCACCAGGAAACAGCUCCACAGAGCCCUCAGGAGUGGACGGUGAAGAGAAACUCAAGGCAAAGAACCCUCUCGCCUGGCCUCAUUUCUUCUCCUAUUCCAAUUACUUGGGGCCCGCCCCCGGUGAUGACAUCAGCUGCAGCAGCAGCAGCUCUGUAGAGGUGAGCGGCGUUCUGACAGACAGCAAGACCUCCGCACGCUCACUAACCCUGGGGCUGUCCUCAGACGAGAGUCUGGAUGUGAUAGAGGAUGAGAUCCUAGAUGAGCCCCAGGUCCCCAAGCAGCUCCAGAGCCUCAGCGUGUCAGACUGGUCCAGUCAGCAGGUGGCCCACUGGCUCCUGGGCCUCAGCCUGGAACACCAUAUCCCACAAUUCACUGCCACAAACGUGGACGGUGAGCGGCUACUGCAGCUGGGCAGCGCUGAACUCAAGGCUCUGGGUGUGUCGUCCUCCCAGGACCGAGCUCUGAUCAAGAAGAAGGUGAAGGACCUGAAGGUGCUGAUGGAGAAGGCUCGGAGGAGCCGGGACAAGCAGGAGAAACUCCACAGGAAGGAACUGGACCUGCUGCAGAAACACACCCGCAAGUCCUCCGAGACAGCAGAGGGUGCCGCAGAGUGACCCAGGCCACAGACCCACCUUCCCCACCCUCCCUCUACCCCUCCAACCAGUAGCUGUGGACUACAAGUGGCUCCGUAGUGGACUACAGUUCCCAGGAAGAAGACAGUCGGGAGUCCAUAGAGUGACUUUACAAGCAAGCAAGCGAACAAAACCAAAUUGAACAUCUAGUUGAAUAUUCCUCAACCCCCCUCCCUCGCCGUAUUACGAUUUCCCUUUUUGAUCUUUGGUAUUUAUUUUGCCGAAAUAUUUUUGUCUUUAAUUCAGGUUUAUUUAUUUACAGACAGAGUUGUUUUUUGAACAGGACCUCUACCCGUCUCCACGUCUGACAUAUCAGUUCAUGUUUCUCCACUUUGUAUGAAUCUUUAGAUGAAAAUGUACAUGUAUGAUGAUAUACAGUAUAAACUUAUACAUAUGUCUAAUGUGCCAUUUUUGAUAGAAGGAAAGUUAAUAUGUGCGGAUAAAUCUAUGGAAUCUUCUGUCAGCUUUGUUAAAGCACAGACUGUGUUAUUAGUGGCCCUGUGUAUUGCAGUGCCCAGACCUUGCUAAUAGGAGGCGCCCUCUGCUGCUCUGUCCCAGUUCUGGAGGACAGAAGAUGACUGCACAGCAUGGACAGUAGGUCAGGCUGUUCAGCAGGAAAUGUAGUUUUAGAGGGAAUGAAAACCAAGUAUUUUCAAGGAGAGACACAAGUGGUUUCUAUGUCUUCAGGAACACUUCAGGAAGUCUUGACACUGGAAGUCUGGACACUGGAAGUCUUGACACUGGAAGUCUAGCGAUGAGUGAGGCGUUUACCUAACUGCUGUCCCUGUAAAGGGCCUGUAGACCCCAAACACUUACCCAACAUGAAGGACCUCAGCCAAGCUCAGCGGACUCCCCCCUGAGGAACUGCAGAGUCAUCGUGUGACCCGUCUCUCCCAGGUCCCACGAAGGACUGAUGAACUUCCUGCGUGUAUGCAUAAUUAUAACAUGGCUUUUAAUUCCGCCUGUGAUCCUAACCCUGACCUCUUUUAUACCGUCUACACAUCAGAAGAACAUCGAGCUGCUGCCUUUAGAUGCUAGAGCAGAACCUCACCUGUGUGACCCUGCCAGGGUUGCCCCGCUCCUCCUCUUCCCCGGGGGGGUUUGGACCAUGGCGGCCGAGCCCUCAGUCCUGUUUUCUAGCCGUCUCCUCCGAGCUGUUGUGCUAAAGCCACUUGUCUUAUGUCACUGGAAUCAGUAGGUAGCGGUGCUGGGCAGGAGGGUGUGCCGACUGAAACUCAUCGUUAAGUGUUGUUUGGGUGGAGGUGGAGAAGUGUUUAAGUUUUACCACAGUAAUUUAAACAACGUCACGCAUUAAGGAGAUUAUACAAAUUGCACUAGAUUAAUACAAAACAGUCCUAACCGAUUUUUUUUUACUUGAUGGAUCUCUAUAGUGCGUUCAGUUUUUAUGUCUCACUUUUGAAAUUCCUUCGACGUGGGCGAAACAUAAGUUUAUGCAAUACAUCUCAAUGAAGGUCUUGUGAGGAAUCCGAUUGGUUCCGUCCUCUAACAGGAAGUUGGCAUCAUGUUUACAUGCGUAGAACAGCAGUGUUGUGACAGACAAGAUGAUGGACUAGAUCAGUGGUCUUCAGCCCUGGUCCUCGUGCCCCCCUGCCCUGCAUGUUCUAGAGGUUUCCCUGCUACAACACACCUGGUUCAGAUGAACGGGUCGUUAUGAAGCUCAGCAGAAGCCUGAUAACGACCAGUCAUUAGAACCAGGUGUGCUGGAGCAGGGAGACGUCUACAACCUGCAGGACAGGGACCCCGAGGACCAGGGUGGAGGCAGUUAUAUGACAGCUACAGUGUGAAGCAGUACUUCCAGGCAAUGCCACAGAGAAAUCAUACUGAUGUUGAUUAAUGCUUUUAUGACAUUAUUUAUUGUAUAUGUUUAAAACCAAGUACUUUGACUAUUGUUUAUAAUAACUUAUGCAACAUUAAGAGUAUUAACACAAUUAUAAUUGAUCCAGAAUUGUAUAAUUACCUAUCUUGCCAAAAAAAGAAAGAAAGAAAUAUGUAAUUUAAAAUGAAAACCGUAAAAUCGAGUUCCUACGAUGAAAGUUUGUAUGAUCAUUUUUAACUUGUGUAACAUGUGGGGUACCCCUCCUUAUCUACUCCUCAAACUGCUCCAGUAGUGACACCUCAACUCUCCUGAACCCUUUUGUAGCGCUAAACACGUCUGAUCACCCUGCUCUCAGAUACCUACCCUGCUCUGUCUUUCAACUACUUUUCUAUGUGCAGUGAAGAGCUAUAGAAGCGAUAUGCUGUAAUACCUCGCUUUUCUAUGUCCUGUCAUUGUGCUUAGUCAGCAUCCAUUCUUAGAGCUGAGGGAGGGAGGAAGAGAGAGAGGGAGGGAGAUACAGGUCUAUCCACGUGGAUGUCCCACAGCGAGAGAUAAUCACAAUGACAUCUUAGAACACACUUUUUAAAUAAACUGCUAAGCUUCCCCCUCCUUCUAAGCGGUUCCUUUGCUCUCUUUUGCAUUCUGGACAAGUAGAACAUUCUGGAAGUAGAACAGGCAGCUAUCUGUCACUGAAUAAACUGGAACAG